AUGAAGGCUCCGUUUUUGAUCACAUACUCGAUUCCUUUUGCAGUUGCACGGGCAGCUACUGCCUUUGGCCAGCAGUUCCCUAAAAGGCAACGCAACAGCCCCGUCAGUCGGGACUCUUCCAGAACACAACCGCUCCAAAAGGAAUGUGACACCAACACCAACCAGUUCCAAACCCCUUCUUCCCCAGAGCCCCUUCGACUCAAACCCUUCCAGCAACACGGAAGUCCUUUCCCAGCAGAACUAAAACGCUCAUUUGGGAAACGCUUCUUAGUCGGGUUUUCCAAUCAUUUUUGGUUCCGACAACCGAUUCCAGACCAAAACACUAAUCAAUCAAUUCCGGAAGCCGAUUCCAGUCCAGUUCGAAAACCAGGAUUCCAACAAAAGAUUCCAGCCAUUUUCAAAAACCGGAUUCCAAAAACGUUUCCCAUCCACCUUCAAAAACCAGAAUUUCCCAAAAACCCGAUUCCAGUCCACCUUCAACAACCAAAAUUCCAACAACAGAUUCCGUCAAGCUUCAACAACCAGGAUUCCAAAAAGAUUCCAUCAAGCUUAACCCGUUUCAACCAAAUUCCCAACCCCUUAAAUAACCAGGACUCCAAAAAAGAUUCCCCAAACAAAACCCCCUUUCAAAAACCAGAUUCCAACAACAAUUCCAGUCCCCCUUCAAAAAAAGGGAUUCCGCAACCGCUUCCUCAGAACUCUCAGCCAGUUCCUUCCUUCGAUCCUUUUCGUCGUUCGAUUCCCCAUGACUCCGUCACGGAGUCUUCGAGCCUUAAACCUUUCCCCCCCGGCGCCAGUGCCUUAUGGGGGGCAUCACCAUCCUUAAACUCCUCGACCGUCCCUACGGCACUACGCUGA